UUUCUGGCAGGAAUGAAGUUAGGAAGGAACAGAAUCACGGGGUUUGAUCGGUAUCUGACGUCUUGGAAGAGUGUAGAUGAUCCUUCUCCAGGUAAUUUCUCAUUCCAAAUUGACCCGAAUGGGUUUCCCCAGAUACUUCUCAUGCAGCGUUCCACCAUCAAGUCUAGGUUAGGACCAUGGAUUGGCGUCAGAUAUGGUGGAAUGCCUAAUUUGAACCCAAAUCUGAACUACAAGUAUGAAUUCGUUCUGACUGAGCAGGAGAUGUACUGCCACUACAAAUUCCUCAACAUGUCAGUAGUAUCCCGUUUGUACUUGAAUCCAGACGGUGUUGUGCAGCGCUUCACAUGGGUUGACCAAACACAGAGUUGGGUUCUAUUUCUCGCUGGACCAUCAGAUGAUUGUGACCUUUACGCAUAUUGCGGAGCCUACGCUAUCUGCAACAUCAACAAGUCCCCAUUGUGCGAGUACCUGAAUGGAUUUUCACCGAAGGUCCCACAAGAACGGAGUACAUUGAACCGGCUUGGUUGUGUUAGGACAAACACUUUGGACUGUAGAGGAGACAUAUUCAGAAAGUACUCUGGUUUAAAACUGCCAGAUUCACAGAGGUCCUGGUUUUACAGGAGCAUGGAUCUUCAAGACUGUGAAAUGGUUUGCAAAAGGAACUGCUCUUGUAUGGCAUACGCUAAUAUAGAUUCCGAAGGUGGAGGAAAUGGAUGUUUGCUGUGGUUUGGGGACUUGAUUGAUAUGAGAGCAUGCAAUGAAGGUGGGCAAGACCUCUAUGUUAGGAUGUUUGCUCUGGAUCCAGGUCACUCAAGCCAGAAGAAGAAGAAGCUGAUGUUAGGCUUGACAGCUUUAACAUUGCUGCCAUUCCUAGGUCUCAGUCUAAUGGUGUAUGUUUGGAAAAAGAAGGCAGUGAUGAAGCACGUGCAAGUUAGACUUCGCCAGUCAGUUUUCUCUGGUGGGAAAUGCGAAUUACUGGGAGGAUAUGAAAAUGUCGAAUGCUCAGGAGAAGAUCCGGAGCUACCGCUAUUUGAAUUUGCCGCAAUAGCUAAUGCUACGAACAACUUUUCAACAGACAAUAAGCUUGGAGAAGGCGGUUUUGGACCUGUCUACAGGGGUAUGUUGAAGAACAGUCAAGAAAUUGCUGUGAAAAAACUUUCAAGGAGUUCGAGCCAAGGACUAGAUGAGUUCAAAAGUGAAGCUUUACACCUUGCCAAGCUUCAGCACAGAAACCUCGUGAAGCUUCUAGGAUGCUGCAUUCAGAAAGAAAUGUUGCUGAUAUACGAAUAUAUGCCCAACAAAAGCUUGGAUACGUUCAUUUUUGAUCAGGAGCGGAGGAAGCUGCUUGAUUGGAGUAAGCGAUUUCACAUCAUCAGCGGAAUAGCUCGGGGACUUCUUUACCUUCACUAGGAUUCCAGACUCAGAAUAAUCCACUGAGAUCUAAAAGCUAGCAAUGUCUUGCUAGACUGUGAGUUGAAUCCUAAGAUAUCUGAUUUUGGCCUUGCUAAAAGUUUUGGAGGAAAUGAGACAGAAGCAUGUACAAAGCGAGUAGCUGGAACAUACGGUUACAUGUCCCCGGAAUAUGCAAUUAACGGAGUUUUCUCGGCAAAGUCGGAUGUGUUCAGCUACGGUGUUUUGAUGCUGGAGAUAGUGAGUGGGACAAGAAACAGAGGGUUCUCUCAUCCAAAUCACCAUCAGAAUCUUCUGGGACAUGCGUGGAAACUAUUUCAAGAAGGCAGAUCAAUUGAAUUUGUUGAUCCGGUGGUAGUUAACUCGUACAACGUAGCAGAAAUCGUGAGGAUCAUACACAUUGGCCUUUUAUGUGUCCAGAAAUGGACAGAGGACAGGCCAACCAUGUACAUGGUGAUUCUGAUGCUGGGAAGCAAGAUGGCGCUGUCUGCCCCAGGAGAGCCCGGUUUUUUCAGCGAAACAAAAGGGCCUCAUGCAGGUGCUGGCGCAAGCCAGCCUGAACCAUGCUCUCCUAAUGAAGUUACCUUGACAGCGUUAUCUGCUCGGUAGAUGAUGCUUGUGCCAUGAUCUUCUGACCUGAAGAAAUUAUAUGUGCUAUAGCAACAUGUACACCUUGUCAAGACUGGCAGAAUCAAGUGCUGGAAUGUGAGAGAAAGGCAUCACCAGUAAUGUAUACGGCAUCCCGGAACUCUUCAUUCCCUCAAAUUGUUAUUAAUCACAUAAUGGUCGUGUUAUCU